AUCGUCCACUCCUACUGUUGACACGGCGACAGUCCAAGACGCGGACUUGCUCGGAUUGAGUGAAGACGAGCAAACGGUUGAACCUGCAGUAGAUCAGAAGUCCCUUCCCGAAGUUCCGAUGGCUGAGAAAACGUCGAAGAAUAAUUCGGAGGGGUUAAAGAUGAUUGAGGAUCGCCACUCGGUUUCGGAUAAAGAGUCGACUGGGGAGACUAGUGAGAGCGUGUCGGGAGUAAGUGAAGGCGGAAUUGGCUCGAAUGCUUCUACUGAGGCUCCAGCUACGGGGCGUGAGGAGGAUGCUGUUCUACCUCUGUGA